AUGCGAUCUUCUACUCUUUUCACUGCGCUUGUCGCAUGCACUUCAAGCGUCUUUGCUGCUGACAAGGUUUACGGUGCUGCUGAGGGCUUCGCCAAAGGUGUUACUGGAGGUGGAAGUGCCGCUCCUGUUUACCCAACUACCAAUGCUGAGUUGGUGAGCUAUCUUGGAGAUAGCUCUGCUCGUGUUAUUGUCUUGACCAAGACUUUCGACUUCACCGGAACCGAAGGCAAGACAACAUCAGCUGGUUGCUCGCCAUGGGGAACUGCUGCGGGAUGCCAAAUCGCGAUUAACAAGGACAACUGGUGCAAAAACUAUGAGCCAAAUGCUCCAACUGUCAGCUCCAUCACAUACGACAAUGCUGGUGUCCUCGGUAUCACUGUCAAGUCUAACAAAUCCCUCAUCGGUCAGGGAGCCAAGGGUGUCAUUAAGGGUAAGGGAAUCAGAAUGGUGUCUGGUGCUAAGAACAUCAUUAUCCAAAACAUCAUGAUCACUGAGCUCAACCCUCGUUACGUCUGGGGUGGUGAUGCUAUCACUGUCAACAACGCCGACUUGAUCUGGAUCGAUCGUGUUACCACCUCCCUCAUCGGCCGUCAACACUACGUCCUCGGUACCGAUGCCUCCAACCGCAUCACCCUCUCCAACAACUACAUCAACGGUGUAUCCAGCUGGUCCGCCACCUGCGACGGCUACCACUACUGGGCCAUCUACCUCACCGGCUCCAACGAUCUCGUCACCAUGAAGGGCAACUACAUUUACCACACCUCCGGCCGCGGACCAAAGGUCAGCGGCAACACCCUCCUCCACGCCGUCAACAACUACUGGUACGACUCCACGGGACAUCUCUUCGAGGCCACCACCGGCGCCUACAUCCUCGCCGAAGGCAACGUCUUCCAGAACAUCAAGACCGUCGUCGAAACCCCUGUCACCGGUCAGAUCCUCAGCGUGCCAAACGCGGUUUGCAACACUUACCUCGGACGCGCUUGCCAGAACAAUGGCUUUGGAUCUUCCGGUACUUUCAGCUACGCGAACACUGGUUUCAUGUCCAAGUUUUCCGGCAAGAAUAUUGCUUCUGCUGCUGCGUACACUGGCGUUGCUGCUAGUGUUAAGGCUACUGCUGGUUACGGACACAUUUAA